UACAGCUGUUCGUGUUCGUCCCGAGGGUAUGAUGAUCUGCUAAUUAAUGUGCGUAGAUACAGCAUUAAUUUGAUAACCAACAUUACUGGAUACCAAAUUAUAUCCUUAACAAGGCUAUAAACAGCGCUACCAAAGUACAAGUAAUCGCAAUGCCUAAAAACAUUUGCCUGGAUUACAUUUCCAAAGAACUAUGUAACUGUCAAAUUAACGUUUCGACAUUGUAUCAGUUUUGCUAUCAUCGUCCCACCUGGGUACAGAGCUGAAGAGUCAGUGGAGGCCCAUGUCCAGCAGUGGACUGUCGAGUUGGCCUGAUGAUGAUUAUGAAAUAAUAACAUUUGUUAUUAUUACCUAAAAAAGUUUAUUGAAGCAUAUUAUUUUGAUAAACGCCUCUGUCACGGCAGGCAGAGCUGCCUAUAUUGCAUAGAUGGAGCUGAUAUACCGCCCUACUCUUUAUUACGUAAAUUCGGUUUUGCAGCGAUUGAUUUCUGUAACACAGCACAUUGCUUUCAAUUACUCUGCUACUAUGGCACUAAUUAACUGACGAAUUUUGCUGUUGAGCAGAAUUGAGCUGCCAGGAUAUUAUAUCAUUAUUAGACAUCAAUUUGUUUAGGAUGUGACAUGUUUUUCUUUUUAGUCAUGUUACAAACAACUGUACUUCUUCUUUAACUUGUGGCAUCCCGGGCCCCUGAUGGUUACAUCGCCGAAUAGGGCAAUAUUCAAAGAGUUCGAUAUUCAAUGUAUUUGUUUACCUGUACCUAUCUAGAAGAAGUAAACAGGAGGGGAGACAGGACUUGUUCCAAUUUAUUCCAUUCUUUAAUUUAAAUUAGUUUAAAGCCAUUAUUUAUAUUAUAUUUUUAUGAUAUUAUGGAAUUCUUAAUGACAUCUACAUAGUGCUAUCUAAGCUUAAGAAAGUUAUUAAUAACUUAAUCGUGGUUACCUAAUGUAUUUAUAAUAAUUAAUUGAGUGUACAGAAAUACUUUGUUGGCGGGUUGUCCUUGCGAGGGCGGAUACCGCAGCGAUAGCGUGCCCACGCGCAGCGCCACCCGCCCGAGACAACAACAUUUGGUAAAUUGUUUAAAUUCAAUUGUAAACGCAUGUACACUUCGAGGUAAAACCUUUAAAUUUGUCAGACAAAAGCCAAAAGUAAUAACUUUUAACGUGACGUACCUCAACUUGAGGUAACUGUCAAUCAUAGCAGAGCAGCAAGCUGCCGCAAUUAAAAUGUUGCAAUACGCGACACUCCUGGAAAUGUUGGUGAGCCCUGCGCGGCUGCUCCUGCACGGUGCACGCCCGCCGCACUUACGAGUCGCAAAAUGGCGUCGCGGCCCGCUGUCCUGCUCACCACAUUGCUACUCUGCGCGUACAGCGCGCCGGCGCGGUGCGCGUGUGACAACGCGACGCGGCUGUCGCGGCAGGUGGACGCGCUGCUGGCGGAGUACGAGCGCGAGUCCCCGCCGCCGGACGCGCCCGUCACCGUCACGCUGGGGCUGGACGUGCGUCACGCCGCACUAGACCAGCAGCAGUCCACUAUGAGGCUGCUCGCAGACCUCAGGAUGACUUGGUAUGAUCCCCGGCUGAAGUGGAACGCGACGGAAUGGGAGUGCGACUCAGCGCCGACGUCAGCGUGGCGGCUGUGGCGGCCGGACGUGCUGGUGCUGAACUCAGCGGCAGGCUCGGCCGGAGAGCUGUGGAUGCGCGCGCGCAUGCACAACACCGGGAACGUGUCCUGGAUCACCCGACUCGACGUCACCGUGCCGGUGGCCCUCGCGCUCGCCGACUGGCCGCAGGACACGCAGACCUGCACCUUCGAGUUUGGUUCUAGGCUCAGCAAUAAAGAUGAGAUGGUACUGGAAAUCGGUGAUUUUAAGCACGUAGUUGUGUUCGAGGCUGGACCGUGGGAGAUCGUGUCGGUGUCCCGGCAGGAGGCCAGCUGGCAGCGCGGCGAGGAGCAGGUGAGCGUGGCGGCGUGGUCGGUGGCGCUGCGGCGGCGCGCGCCUGCGCACGUGCUGGGCGCGGGCGCCGUGCUGCUGGCGGGCGCGCUGCUGCUGGCCGCCGCCACCGCGCUGCCGCCGCACCAGCGACACCCGCUCGCCGCCUGCGCCUCCUUCAUAGCGGCGCUUUGGUUGAUCACGGCGCUGCUGCGGCUGCCGGGCGGGCGCGCGUGCCCGCGCGUGCUGGGCGUGAUGUGCGCGCUGUGCGUGUGCGGCGCGCUGGCGGCCGCGAGCGCCGCGCUCGUGCUGCGGGUGGCGCGCCUCAGCGGCCCGCCGCCGCACUACCUGCGCGACCUGCUGUCCAGGCUGUCUACCGUGUGCAGGCUGACGCCUUCCGCAGAGUCGUGUGUGUGGUCGGAGAGCGGCGCGUGGGCGGCGGCGGCGCGGCUGGCGGACCGCGUGCUGUGCGCGGCGCUGCUGCUGGCGCUGCUCGUGCUGCUGGCCGUGCACUUGCUGUAGCCGCCGCCGCAACUCUCCUAGCGUCCCAACUACUAACACUAAGAGUCGCGUCCGAUCCAGCUGCUCCGAUAGGCGGUACUGUUUCAGUACUAUACUUGCACGUCCAACAAGUGCAAGCAACGCUUUAAAAGUAUCUAAUUAUGCACGAACGUAAAUUCAUCACAUUCUCUACGUAGCACGGCAAGCUACAGCCGUAGCAUGUUGGUGUCGAUGGUGCACUCCACUCUUGUAGCAAGUAAUGUGCUCGUCUACUCUAGGCGUGAGACCUCCUUCCUGUAAAUAUCACUGACAAUAAAUGAUGUAGAAUACGG